GAUAUAGCGGCUGCUGCAGGUAUUACAGUAUCGCCGGGGAGGUCAUUGAGAAAGUAGAGGACCGAGGCCCUGAGUGUCCCCCCCGUAGUCAUGCUCCGCCUGUGCCUGAGGCUCCGCGGCCCCGUUCGUAAUGUUGUGCCAGCCCGGGGACAAGCAGGAAGACUCCGGAGGUACCACUCGGGAUCAGGCAGCCGACUGCGGGCGCUGACUGGAACCCCAACUAAGUGGCCGACACUAAAGGAAGCGGGGAGACUUGUGGUCCCCACUGGAAGGCGAUGGUACAGUCUGCCUCCCCACCAGAAGAUGCCUCUGCCUGCUCUCUCCCCCACUAUGCAAACGGGAACCAUCGCUCGGUGGGAGAAGAAAGAAGGUGAAAAAAUUAAUGAAGGGGACCUUAUUGCAGAGGUAGAGACGGACAAGGCAACAGUCGGGUUUGAGAGUUCGGAGGAAUGUUACAUGGCAAAAAUCCUUGUGGCAGAAGGGGCGAGAGAUAUCGCUAUCGGUUCCAUAAUCUGCAUCACUGUAGACAAGCCAGAGCUUGUUGAUGCCUUUAAGAAUUACACAUUGGAUUCAGCUGCUGCAGCUCCAGCUGCGUCUGUGCCUCCCUCUCCGGCUGCUGCACCACCGACCCCGCAACCUUUGGUCCAGGCUCCUGGCAGUUCCUAUCCCACUCAUAUGAAGAUCAUGCUGCCGGCUCUUUCGCCAACUAUGACCAUGGGCACUGUGCAGAAGUGGGAGAAGAAAGUUGGGGAAAAGCUUAGUGAAGGCGAUCUGCUGGCAGAGAUAGAGACGGACAAAGCGACUAUAGGCUUUGAGGUCCAGGAAGAAGGAUAUCUGGCCAAAAUCCUAGUUCCUGAAGGGACACGGGAUGUGCCUCUGGGGACCCCUCUGUGUAUUAUUGUGGAGAGAGAGUCGGACAUCGGCAGCUUUGCAGAUUAUGUAGCGUCAGCAGGUGUCGCAGAGGUGAAGCCACAGCUGGUCCCUCCUCCUCUAACCCCGGCGGCUGCGGCCCCUCCCACCCCACAAGUGACGCCUCCUCCCGCGGUUUCUUCACCAGGUGCUGCUGCAUCCAAGGGGCGCGUGUUUGUGAGUCCACUGGCCAAGAAACUGGCAUCUGAGAAAGGCCUAGACCUCACCCAAGUGAAAGGCACUGGGCCAGACGGGAGAAUUACAAAGAAAGAUGUUGAGUCGUUUGUUCCUGUUAAGAUCACCCCCGCCCCUGUUGCUGCUGCACCAGCUCCUCCAGUGACCCCUCCAUCCCCCGCAGUGGCUGCUGUCCCCACAGGAGUCUUCACUGAUAUCCCAAUCAGCAACAUCCGUAGGGUUAUAGCCCAGCGGCUCAUGCAAUCCAAACAAACAAUCCCUCACUACUAUCUGUCUAUUGAUAUCAACAUGGGUGAAAUAGUGCAACUGAGGAAGGAGCUGAACGAGGUUACAAAGUCCGAGAACAUAAAGUUGUCCGUGAAUGAUUUCAUCAUUAAGGCGUCUGCAUUAUCUUGUCUGAAAGUGCCUGAGGCCAAUUCCUCCUGGAUGGACACAGUAAUCCGACAGAACCAUGUUGUGGAUGUGAGCGUAGCGGUGAGCACUCCUGUCGGUCUGAUAACUCCAAUUGUGUUCAACGCUCACGUCAAGGGUCUGACGGCCAUCAGCAAAGAUGUUGGGUCUCUGGCAGCACGGGCACGAGAGGGGAAGCUAAAGCCGCAUGAAUUCCAGGGCGGAACAUUUACAGUUUCCAAUUUGGGAAUGUACGGAAUUAAAAACUUCUCUGCUAUAAUCAACCCACCCCAGGCCUGUAUCCUGGCCGUAGGGGGAUCUGAGAACAGACUGGUACCAGCAGACAACGAGAAGGGUUUUGAUGUUGCCAACAUAAUGUCUGUCACAUUAAGCUGCGAUCACCGCGUUGUAGAUGGGGCGGUUGGCGCUCAGUGGCUGGCAGAAUUCAAAAGGUUUUUGGAGAAACCAACAACAAUGCUGCUAUAAUCCUGGAACUCUCACCCACCCCUCUUUCUUGGGUCAUCUGACUACAUACAAAAAAAUUAUUUAUAUGCUCCAGCUUCAAAACUCAUAUAAACAACUUUUUUAUUUAAAAGAACAAGAAGAAAAACGAACAACCAAGAAAACUACCAGCUAGUUUUUUCUUUUUUAUCUUCCAACAUGUACAGUUACAAAGUGUCCACUCCAGUAACAAAUAACGGUUCUCCAUAGGACCGCUCUGUCAGACUUGACACUAAGAUCAAUGUUCUAUAUGUCACAAAAGGUCAACAUUUCCCUGUUGUAGCUCUCGCCAUGGCAGGGCAGAGUGUAUGUGUGAGGUCUGAAUAUUUUUUCAUGUAUAAUAAAUGUAUUUGGGCUCAUCUGCUGGUCCAUCUGUACCCUGAGAA